AAUAUGUAAGGGAGAUAAUUACCAAGAUUCAUUUACAGCAGAAAUUAAUAUUUCCAUCUGCUUCAUUUAGCGACGUAUUUAUGACUUACCUGGAAACUAAAAUUACUGAUUGUUUAGAAUUUUAUGCAUAUUUUUAGAUAAUGCCAUUCCUAGUGUUAAUCGUGAACUGAAAAUCAAAUAAUUACAACUCAGGUGUAAAGAUGGCGACUGAUAUUUUGCAAACGAAAAUUUCACAGUUGCUAGGUCAAAGAUACUUCAAGAAGUCUGUAUUAGUGCGGUUUCUUUUAUUUUUGAUAUUACUUAUCAUAUGGAUCUCUGUUAAUGGAGGACUUCUUCCUGGUUUUCUGCGUCACAGACUGCCAAUAUUGCGUGUUGGACCAGAAUUGAAUAUAUUAUAUUAUUUUGAAGAAGCAGAGAGAGAUGGUAGCAAAAUCAGAUGGUCACGAGCAACAAAUACCCAAGCAAAACUUAAAGCAGCAUUAACUGGCAAGUAUGAUAUGAUUGAAGCAGAUGUGAUCUUAAAAGGACAAGGAACGUCAAAACAAGCUAUGACACCAAUUGUAUCUGAUUUACCUGCAGUUGAUAAUGAAUUCACAUUAAAGAUGUGGUUACAGCAAGUGAAGAAGUUUACAAAAGGCAUUAAAUUAGACUUUCGAACUAUUGAUGCUGUUGAGAUGUCACUACAGCUAUUGAAAAGAAUGAAGAAUGAGCUUAAAAUCCCUAUUUGGCUGCAUGCUGAUAUCUUAAAAGGCCCUUAUAGUUCUCGACUGCCUGUUGAUGCAACUCGGUUUUUUCGUAAUGUACGCACAUUUUUCCCCACUUGUACUUUGUCUUUAGGAUGGACAACUGGUUAUCACACAGAUGUAAGUCAAGCUGGAUAUACUUGGGACAUGGUACUUGAUAUGCAUGAUUUAAUUAUACACUGGGAAAUCAGUCAACCACUUGUCUUCUCUGUUCGGCUAGCCUAUAUCAAGAACUCAAUUCCACAACUGAAAUGGUUGUGUGAUACGCUUCAAGCUUCAUUAUUGGUGUGGAAUGAUAAUGAAGAUAAACCAGUUCUAGAAGAUGUCAUGUAUGUAGCUUACCGUUUUCCACCUGAAAAAGCCUUUUUUGACUUUCAAGAUGAAUAUUUGAGCAGCCAUCUGAAGCGUUAUAGACAUUUUUCUAAAAACUAUGUUCAUCCACUUGUUUUAGAGAGAGAUCAAGUAAAAUUCAAUCCAUAUGCUUGGGUAAAAAUGGGAUUAUAUAUUGAAGAGAAUUCUAUUCUACCUAGUUCAGAAUCACUAGUUUUAAAGAGUCCAGCUGUCUAUAUUGUAAGCAUUUCUAAACUUAAGUCUGUUGAAACUCUUCAUUUGAAAGGAAGAGUUCAUUUCCUUAAUCGUAAAAAUCAAGAAGCUAUUAAUGGGCAGACAGGCUUAAGCAUAUUUUUUCGUAGUUUUUCUUAUUCAGACUAUGAAAAAAUUAGUGGCAUUCGUUUUUUUAUUGGUGUAAAUGGAGAUCUUCAAAUUUCAGGCCAACAUCUUGGGAAAAAUGUUCCUGAGUUUAAGAAGAGGGCUCGAGUUACUCCUGGUUCAGCUAGUUGUUACCGUUUUGAUAUUGUUGACCUUCGGCAUGAAGUUGUCAUGGAAAUAAAUAGCUUGCAUGAUUGUGAUACUUUAGAAAGUGUACAACAUGAAGAGACAUCACAUAUAUCUUUGAGAGUAAACAUUCCUCAUGAGCUAGCACUUGGUGAACAGCCUUAUAUUUUAAAAAUGGAAGACAACAAACGUGUAGCUGUUAUUGAUGAACUUGAUAUUCGCACUAUUUACCAGACUAAAAAAAAAAAAAACAUGAAUAGUAUUUGAAGAAUUGUAAAUAUAUUUUUUAGGUUUUAUUUAUAAUAGCCUUUGAUUCAGCUGAAUCUGACUGAACCAUCAAAUAUUUAUCUCAGGUUGUUUGAUAUUAAUAAAUAUUGUAACCUUUACACUUACACAGUAGACACAUGUUGUAAAUUCAAGCAUAUUUUUCUUUCAGUAAUAUGAACAUUUUCCUUUCCAGUCAUUAUAGUUACUUAAGAUUUAGUACAAAUAUGCUAACAAAAUUUGAAAUAAUAACUUUCCACCAUAAAAAGUUGUAAAUCACCAAGAGAUUCAACAGUGUUGGUAACCUCCAAAAGAUUCAACUGUCUCAUAUAAGAAACCAGUCUCAGUCAAAUGAACAUAUUUCUUUUUAACUAUUAUAAUUGUGUAAGAUUUGGUACAAAUAUACAAACAACAUUUGAAUAAUAAUUUUUUCACAUUAAAAUAAAUUACACAUAUUAACAUAACUAGUGAUCUUCAAAGAAUUCAACAGUAUUAUUUAAGAAUCCAUUUUCAAAUGCUUAAUUUUAUUUAAUACUAAAAUUAAGCAAAUUAUAAUCUGUAAAUUUGGAGUGAUUUAAUAAGCACUUUAACAUGAAAAACAAAUUAAAACUUUUUUUUUGCUUGAGAACACUAUUUGUUAAAAGUAAAAUAAUGUUUCUUUCUAUCUUGUUUGGAUAAUCAAUACAGUCACAAUUUCUGAAUAAACUGUGGCAAUAUUAAUUGAGCAUUAUAUAUGUUGAAAUUAUAGUUUAAUUUUGAUAGAAAUAAUGUCUUUAAUGCAAUAAUUUCUAGCAGGAAGAAAAACAACUUUUGCUAAGGUCCACAAUGGAGCAUUGCUCUCACAUUGGGAUGGUAUUGCUGCUAUACACACACACACAUGCACAUAUCCAAUGCAGCAUCCAGAAAAGAGUCAAAGGGCCACCCAACUGAUUAUCAUUAAUUCAUUCAUAAACACUCUCCAGUUUCUAUCUCAGAAGUGUGCUAUCUUUACUCUCUGCUUUUUCUACUGCUACUAUAAUGGUUUCUGCUCAUUGGAAUUGGCUGGACUCAUGCCAGCUCUACUUAAGCAUUCCAGCCCUACUCAUCUCUCCCAUUCUCAUCACCCUUCUUAUGUCCAACCCGACCAGGUCCAGCACAAAUUACUAUAGCCAGUCAUUUCUUUCCAAAAUGUUGAUCCUCUGAAAUUUUUUUUCCUGCUCAUAGCUUUCCUGCAGGUGUUAAUUUACAAAGGUUCAGAGGGAACAUUAAUGGUAUCAAUCUUGCUAGUCUAGGAGGGAUUGCAAGGCUACAGACACUACCCCUUCCUCCAGAUCCAGCUAGUAAAUAACAAAUAAUAGUAAUAAUAAUAAUAAUAAUAGUCAGAUGAUGACAUAACACAGAGGUAUAAUUAAAAAAAAGGUAUAAUUCAAAGCAAAAAGACAAAAAGGGCAACCUGUACACACAAAAAAUAAGAAGCUACUAUGUAGGUUUGAUCAAAGCCAGGUUUGAUCCUUGUGAUCCUUGAUCCAAAAGUGCCUGUGAGUAUUUUUUUAGCCAGCUAAGUCAUGAAAAACUUUAUUCUCUGGGACAUAAUCUCUCAAACAUUCAUAGACUGAUAAUGUGAUCUUUACCAAAAGUCUGUCUUUUCAGCUUUCCUGAUACUGUUCCAAGUAAUAUUCUCUUUACUGUUCACUGUAAAAUUCAAUAACUCCUUAGGGGUGGGAACAGCUCCUCUUGUGUCUUACCUUCUGCUUCAGUUUCUGUUUUUCCCACUUCUUUUUGUAGUUGCUUUUACACAGGCAUGAGAAAGAUACCCAUGGCUUUCAAAAAACAGAGGUAUUAUUUCUCUUUCUCUAUUCAAUAAAGAAUUGAAGUAGAGAUGCACACUCCUUUGUCACAUAGCUCUGACAAGCAGGCUUUCUCUAUCAGGUAAUUCAUAACAAGAGCCUGAGCAUAUGAAAAAAACUGAUACUGUCUUAUUUAUUGCUCAAAUUUAUUAAUGUGAUGUGUGUGUAUGCAUGUGUACUUGUGUAAAGCAGAGGGAAAUGUUGGAAAUAAAUUUCUAUGAUAAAGGUCCAGAUAAAAAAUAUUUUUCCAUGUAAUUUCACCUAAUAAAAAUGCUUUGUAAGAAAGCAGUAUUGUCCAAGUAUAUACAUAGUAGAAACAUGCUGAUUUUGAAAUAUGCAUGUCUCCAUUCAUAACGUCAUUUUUUUGGCAGAUUAGAUUCACAAUUUGAUUUUAGUUUCUGAUUGAAAUCACCACACUUAUUUCACCUUUGGAAAAAUUAAGAUAGAUAUGAUUUUGAAAAAAAAGCAUGACUAUCCUAACUUCACACUUUCCCUACAUUUUUAGGUUUUAUAUUUAAAUGAACAAACUACUAGUCAAAAUAUAUUUAAUUUCCAUUUUGAUAAAACAUUUUUGUUUAAAGUUGUAGGGUUGUUUCUGUGUAUCUUGAUUAUAUUCUUUUAGUUUUUUCAAUUGAGGGAAAGGUAUAUUAUGUAUGUGUGAAUACACAUACUAUUUUCAUAUUCAGUUAAUUAAGAAGAACAUAUGUCCAAUAUACAGACAAAUUGAAAUAGUCUUACAUUUUUCCCUUCUUUCUGUUGCACUUUCACACAUAUGUACACAUAUGAUAGGAACUUCUGCCUACCAAAUUCAGUUACAAGGGUUCAGUCAGCUUUUGUUUAAAUAAAUUUGUUUUGAAUAUUUUUAUAUGUAAGAGAUUAUUGUUUCUCUUGUAUGCCAAAUGGUUUUUGGAACACGGACGUUAAAUGAUGAUGAUGAUGAUAUAUAUAUAUGUAUAUCUAUACAUAUAUAUAUAUAUAGACACUAUAACCUCAUGCCGACCAAAGCCUUGUGAGUGGAUUUCAUACAGGGAAACUGAAAGAAGACUGUUGUAUAUAUGUGUAUAUUUGUGUGUGUGUGUGUGUGUGUGUGUGUGUGUGUGUGUGUACCCUCACCAUCACUUGACAACCGUUGUUGCUAUGGUUACGUCCCCAUAAAUUAACGGUUCGGCAAAAGACACUGAUAGAAUAAAUACUAGGCUUACAAAGAAUGAAUCCUAGGGUUGAUUUGUUUGACUAAAGGUGGUGCUCCAGCAUUACUGCAGUCACAUGACUGAGACAAGUAAACAAUGAAAAACUAUGCCAUUUUAAUCCCGAGCAAUGCCGGGUAUCUUUGCUAGUUUGAAAUAAAUUUGGAAAGCUUUUUGUAAACCCCAUGAACUAAUAAGUGCUUGUCAGUCGUCAGUAUACUAUUCUAGGCUUAAAUGUGAUUCACAAAUAGCAACAAUAUCAAUUCAUUUUCUAUCCAGUAAAUACAAUUAUUUAAUUCGUUAAAUGCUCAAUAAUCAAUCUUCUUAAGUUCUGGACAUAGUUUAGUAAAAUAAAUAAAAUUAGGAGGCUCACAUUAUGCAUGUGUGUGUUUGUGUAAAAAUGGAAAUGAGAAACUCAGAAUAGCAAGAGAAAGAUGCUUUAGGUUCCAAUAAAUUAAUAAAACUCUAGUACAUAUAUGCAGUACAUUUUUCCAUUUUUUAAAAAAUCAGACACAUUAACUUUAGCAAAAUGUAUCAGUUAAAGCCGCACAUAUAUUCAUACAUCUCUUGGUUGUGUUUAAACAAUCUUCUCAUCUUGUCUGCUGCUAUGUCUUUUAAAGAGCACAACAUAGUGCUACUGGAUGUAUUGUAAACUUGUGAUUCUUCAGACUCAGAAUCUAUGUACAUGUUCGUUUCACCUCAUUAAUUUUGUAAUUUAGAAUAUGAAUUGUAUGAGGAGGAUUACAUAACAAAUGGAUAUAUGUUUCCCUUGAGGAAAAUGUUACUCUACAUGAUUUUAAACUUCAGUCUGAAGAAAAUAUUCACUUCAAAAGGGUUUAAUGUUUGGUUAUCAAGUCAAUAUUCCUCUUCAGAUGUCAAUAUUGCAUUGCAAUUUUGUGUUUUUCUUUUAAUCAUAAAAGUAGAUCACAUUGUAGGAAAGGUCAACGAGUGAUCUUUAUAAAAUAGAAUAAUUUCCUGUUAAUAUUUGAAUAUAAUUUUUAACCAUAUUUCUUGAUAUAUCUAAUUUUUUUUAGCUUUGUGUUCAACUAUCAAUAAGUAGCCAUUAAAAUAUGGAUUAACAAUUAUGAAUUUCUAGUUUAAAAGGAAUUGAACUAAAAUAAACUUGGCUGCUCAAAAGUUGAUGUGGUGCAUUGCUACUGUAUAGAGAUUUUUUUCGUCAUAAUGCAACAAAUAUAUAUAAUUUUCUUUUUCAUAUGAAAAUUACUUUUGAGGUAUGCUUAUUGGCAUUAAAUAUCUUUAAUAUAGCUGCUGUAAAUUCUAGUUUAAUUUUGAUUUGUGCAACAUUUUCUAAUUUUAUAAAAUCCUGUUUAUAAAAAAGAUUUUUUGCAAUUUUAUCAAAUUAAAAUCUGUUAAUAUAUUCUUGAACAAAGUUUCACGUGUUUUGCUUAAAACUUUCAGAUCUUUCAAAAACCUAAUAUUCAAUUUUUGUAGUGGGUUUGGAUAGACCUUUCUCUUUUUUAUGCAUCAAAUAAUUAUUUGAUUUAUCAACAGUUUAAAUUUAUUUGUAAAAGACAUUGUGAUUUCAGCUUAAUUUUCCUAAGGUGUUUUCCAAAAUAAUUUUUCUUGUAUUUGUAUAACUUCUACAUUGUUUUGAAAAAAAAAAAAAAAAUUUAAUUAAUUUUGAGAAGCUUCUAUUUUUUAAAUAAUUUUAAUAUGUAAUUUAGAAAUUAAUAAAACUAAUUCAUAAGCUGAAAUUAUGCUUUCUUUAAAAUAUAUUUCUCUUCCCUGUUUAAUUAGCUCAAGCAAAAUAACAACAUUCCAUGAGAAAAAAAAUUAAAAUUAUAAAUUGUGAAGAAUUCUCAUUUACUACUACAAUGUAGAGUCAUUUCAUUGAGAACUAUUUUUGUACUUUUUAACUAUAAUGAAAUAAAAAAUAUUUACACAA